GAUAACUGAUGAGACCGUGUUUGUUUGUGUCUCAUCUCUAAUGUAACUACCUUCUGCUUCAUCUUGCGACUGCAAAUAAUCUGUGAAUAACAAUGUCAAGAGGAGAAAUCGUCGUUCUUUUUCUCUCUGUACUGUUUGAGACGUCGUUGCAGGAAUGCAACAAUCCGACGGACUGCCCCACAGAGUACAAGCAAGUCUUCAGUGCAUCUACGACAGAAAUUCCUCAAUUGCUGAGAGCAGGUGUGACAGAGGUUUUUUUUGUGGAUAGCCAGGUGGAAACAAUACCUAAAGGAGCCUUUGCUAAAAACCCGGAGCUUGAAAAGGUGGAGUUCAUGAACACUCCAACAUCAACUAUUGAGCCAGGAGCUUUUGAAGGUUUGGGGUCCCUCAAGCACGUUGAGAUCUCCAGCACUCCAUUAAUGUUAAUACCAGUUGGAGUCUUCAAAGACCUCAGCAACCUGGAGGAUAUCAUACUGAAGUUGAACAGGAUACGUCUAUUGGAGAGAGGCUUGUUUGACGGCCUUAAAAAAGUAAGGGAGAUCCAGCUACAUGGGAACGAGAUCGCAUUGAUUGAAGAUGGGACGUUUGAAGGUCUUGAGAACCUUGUGUCUCUCCAUUUAGCUAAAAACAAUAUUUCCACUGUAUCUACCAGUUUGUUCUCACACCUUAACAAACUGCAGGUACUACGUCUUUAUGAGAAUCAGCUAACCACCAUUCCUGAGGACAUUUUUCAGAGUUUACCAGACUUGACGGAAAUUGCCUUGCAGGGAAACCAAAUAGCCGAAUUAUCACCAAAUCUCUUUCCACAUAAAGACAAACUAAAGAAGAUCACUUUGGAUAAUAACCUCCUCACCAGUUUACCUGAUGAAUAUUUUGUUGGCUUCCCUCAGCUUAAAACUCUGACCCUGCAGAAGAAUAAACUCACAAGUCUCCCACCAGUUCUUUUUGGGAAAAUGCCUAAACUGACUGCGUUAAGCCUCAGUCAAAAUGAUCUCAGCACCCUUCCUCCAGGAAUAUUUAGCCCCCUGAGCAAUGUCAAGAAGCUGGACUUGUCUAAUAAUCAUUUUGCCUCCUUGUCUCCCGAGUACUUUGAAGGCCCAGAGAAGCUCACGGAGCUGAACCUACAGAAUAAUCAGAUAAGGUCGUUGGAUGCAGAUGUGUUUGGAAAGCUCCAGUCACUGGUCUCACUAAAGCUCGAUCAUAACGACCUGCAGACGCUCCCUGAGGAUAUUUUUGAGCCUUUAAUAAAGCUAAGGAGGCUUUACCUCAGUGAAAACCCUUGGCACUGUGACUGUAAUCUGAUUUCUUUUCACCGCUGGAUAAAAGCAAACUCUGACAAGCUGGCAUCACCUGUUGUCUGUGAGUAUCCAGAUCAUUUUAAGGGGCAGGAAAUCCAAUCCUUGACAGAAGAUCUAUUCAUUUGCCCCACCCUUCCCCCCACAACUACCCGCCGCACCACGACAACAAUUCCCACAACACCAACAAGACCAACUACACCUCCGACCACAGAAUCAACAACAAUAAUACCAACCACACCCAAAGCUGUGUGUGCUGGAGGAAUAACGAGAGAGGCAGAGGAAAUAUAGGCCGCAAAAAUAAGAACUCUGUGCUCUAGACCACCUAGCAUCAACAGAACAAGAACUUUUACAGCCAAUGGAAACUGCUGGCUAAUUACUGAGUUCUGCCCACAAAAUCUGGAGCAUAGUGUUUAUUUUAGAGCUUCCAAGUCAUAGAAAGAACUUCAACAGCUCUUUCUUCUUCAGCUAGAACAAACAAGGAAAUGGAUUUUCUUUUGAAUUAGUUAGCAUACUGCUUUGUACCAGUACUGUGUGCUCUAAAGCGUGAUCUGUUAUCUUACACACUAUAUGUAAAAUAUAUUUUAUGGGAAAGUGGGAUUAUUUGGUGAGUGUGAAGUGAAAUGCAGAGAAAUAGUGACAUACUUAAAAAAAUUUUUUUAGACUGAACUGGGUUCUUUGUUCAAUUGUCUUUCAUUAUUUCAUUAAUCAUUGCAGUUUGAAUUUGUGUGCUAACAAUACAUUCCAGCAACAGUUGUAAUCGUUGAAUGAGUAUCCAUGCUGAAUCAAGGAUGUAUUUGUUCAUCCAUUGUAAGACAAUUCAAAGCAACAUGUUACUUUGCAAUGAAUAAAUGCACUGCUUUUAUAGGAAUCAAGUCUGACUUUGAAGUGAUCAUUUACUGAAGUAGUGCAGGUGCCGAUCUUGUUGAAACAACUGCAUAGGAAAUCUCCUGUCCAGACUAAGUGGGUUUUAAAGUAGUCCCAAUGAAUUGAAAAAGGUACAGCGUGAUACUGUACCACAAGUUUGCAUUCAAAUAAAUCAUUCACAAAGCUAUGUUGAUUGUCAGAAACAGAGUGAUGUAGUAAUUGUGCACAUUUAGCAAUGGUACUAACUUCCACCACUGAUCCAACGUUUGUCUGCUGUCCCCUUGAUUAUAUCCAUUCAAUAUAAUAGACUGGCAUCUACUGGAAGGAAGUCCCAAUAAUAAAGCUAUUUUUUAUUUUG